AUGUUAUCAAGAUCUUCAUUAAUCCAUCAAAUUAAACCUUUCAACAAGUUUCGUUUCUUCUCUUUGAAACUAAAUCAAACUCUUCAACAAGACGAAGUUGAUUCUCCACUCAAAAAACCAGGUUCAACUAAUGCUAGACCUGCUGGGGAUGCUCUCAAAUAUGGAAAUGUUCAUACCUUCUCAGAUACGAAUGAUAAACCGAAUCCUCCCGAAAACAAAGCAGAUCCAAAAAUUUCAUUCUUUCAUGUGGAUGGAAAGGAGAAAACUCGAGAUCAAGUUAAGGCUCAACAAGUAAACGAGUUUCCAUUCGAAAAAGAACAUCUUUCUGUGAAUCCUUUCGAAGAAGAAAGAAAACUAAUUCAUGAAAUUGAAGAAGGAGCAGAUGAAGGCGUUAUUGAGGGAAAGACAAAAGGAGAAAAGCAAACUCUUGGACAACACUUGGAACAGAAAGGUUAUCAUCCAAAAGAUUCACCUUGGGCUGAAUAA